AUGCUCUAAAUUUAAAUAGGGGAUAUAAUCGACAAUCAAUACGAAAUAUUAAAAAAACUAUCGCAAGGAUCAUUCGGAAUAGUUUUUUACGGCAAGAGCAUCAAAACAAAAAAGGGAGUAGCGAUUAAGGUGGAGAAGCAGGAGAUGGCCAACUUUGGUAGUUUGAUUCGAGAAGUCGAGAUGCUGAGCAAAUUGAAGGGAGUUCCUCAAAUUCCUGAAUUGGUGUGGUAUGGGGAGUACAAGAAAUGCAAUAUCAUGAUCACCAAAAUGCUUGGUCAUGAUCUCAUCUAUUAUCAGAAAUAAUAUAAACAAUUUUCGUAGCAUAGCAUCAACAGCAUCGCCUACCAAUUGCUGUGGAUCUUGGAAUAGAUACACAAAUAGAAUAUAAUUCACAGAGACAUCAAACCAGAGAACAUAUUAAGUAAGAACGAAUCAGAUAAGAUUUAUUUAAUCGAUUUUGGAAUUUCAAAAGACGCAGAUUCUAAUUUCACCCACAAAAAGAAAGUGUUACCUUUCAUCGGCACCAGUAGAUAUGCCUGUAUCUCAGCACACCAAGGCAUCGAACAAACACCCAAAGACGACCUAGAAUCCCUCGGGUAUGUUCUUAUCUACCUCACCACUCAACAUCUACCAUGGAUGAAUAUCGAGAAAACAGAUGUACAAAGAUUAGACAAAAUUGGCAAGUUAAAGGAAAGUGUUUUAUUGGAAGAGUUGUGUUUCGGGUGUCCCAACUCUAUGCUUAAGUAUAUGAGGUAUGUAAAGGAAUUGAAGCCCACUUCUAGACUUAAAUAUGGAAUGCUGAGAGGGUUAUUCCUCUCCAAGCUCCAAAACACCAAUAAGUUGGGAUUGGAUUGGACCAAUUAAGGAAUGAAAUUAGAAAAAAAGAAACACCACAAAAAACAAAGGAACUCAUGCGAUCUCAAUUUUCAAAGUUGUGUGACCAUUAGAAGACCAUUUCUAAUUGAAACUCAAACCAAUUUAAAUGUGAAAACCAUUGCAGCUCAAGAGGAAUUAAUUGUGUCCUCUGACAAUGGCACUAGUCACACUUAGUUCAGCAUUGUGGAAACAAAAGGCAGUAAAAACAGUGUUUAGUAUGGAUUCUCAGUCUCUGAUAAUGUGGAUUGCUUGGCUAUUCAAUAAAAUAAUAACAUGGCAAAAGUGUCUACAUUUGAAGGCAUUGCCGAAGUGUGCUCUCUUCAGUCUCAAAGCUUCGAAUAGCAAUUGAUGGAAAGCGAACACUAAGAUAUAGAAAUUAAAUGUAACCUACUUCAUUUUACCUCAGUAUAUUUUAACUUCAAGAAUCCUAUUCAACAGCAAAUAUUUAAGCAACACUAUUAAGUUAAAGAGAUCAAAUCCAAGAAUUGAAAUAUACCUCUUUUGUAUUUUCCCUUUGUUUUAUUUAUAAAAUAUGGA